CUUUGAGCGAUAGUCAUUCGAUUGAAGCGCACAGCAAGGCAAUCCCAGCAAAUAUGAGCAGAAAUUGUAUUGCAAUUUGCUUGUCAGUUUCCCUUGCGCUCAACAUUCUACUAAUGUUGUUGCCACAUGCAGCCGGCGAUGAUUGGUCGGCGAGUUGUGCCUCCAACUGUACCUGUAAGUGGACCAAUGGCAAAAAGUCAGCCAUCUGCAGCUCGCUGCAACUAACCACCAUACCAACAACGCUGAGCACCGAACUACAAGUGCUCGUACUCAACGACAACCACAUACCCUAUCUGAAUCGCGAGGAAUUCACCAAUUUGGGUCUGCUGAACCUGCAACGCAUCUACCUGAAAAAGUCCGAGGUACAGUAUGUACACAAAGAGACAUUUCGAAAUUUGAAAAUAUUAGUGGAGAUUGAUCUGUCUGACAACAAAAUUGAGAUGAUCGACAAGGACACAUUUAUGGGCAAUGAUCGCCUGCGUAUACUCUAUCUAAAUGGCAAUCCGCUGAAGAAGCUGGUGGCCUAUCAGUUUCCCAUACUGCCGCAUUUGCGUACAUUGGAUCUGCAUAACUGUCUGAUUUCAUAUGUCGAUCCCAUGGCCUUGGCGAACCUAAAUCUCUUGGAGUUUCUCUAUUUGAAGAAUAAUCUGCUAGAAAGCCUCAGUGAAUACGUCUUCCAACAUAUGACGAAUCUGAAGACACUCGUCUUGGAUGAGAAUCCAUGGCAGUGUAACUGCAAGCUACGCAAAUUUCGCAACUGGUAUGUGAAGAGCAAAUUGAACAGCAUCAGUCUGCUGUGUAAAGGGCCGCCGGCGCAGAAAGACAAGCAGUGGGAGAAUGUGGAUGAAGAGCAAUUCGGCUGCAUGCCCAAAGUGGAGCUCUUCAACAAUGAGGAUGUACAGAAUAUAGACAUAGGAAGCAAUACGACGUUCAGCUGCCUGGUAUAUGGGGAUCCAUUGCCCGAAGUCACCUGGGAGCUGAAUGGUAAAAUCUUGGAUAAUGACAAUGUGAUCUUCGACGCAGAGUCGAUCUCGUCGGACAAACUGUGGAGUAAUUUGACUGUCUUCAACAUGACCAGUCUAGAUGCAGGCACAUACGCGUGCAUUGGUUCGAACGUGGUGGGCGUGGCAACACAAAAUAUCAGCAUAUAUCUAACGGAAAUUGUACAGCAUGUGUUGGUCAAGACACCGGAGACCUUCUGGUACUUCGGCUUGAUCAUGGGCACAUUCGGCACGAUCUUUCUGCUCAUACUCUUCUCGUUUGUAGUGUGUCUGUGCAAACGCACUUCGCGACAACGGCGACAUCCAAAGAAAUCCGGCGUAAAACCGAGUGUCAGCUUCAACGAUCAAGAAAAGAAGUUGCUCGAUUUGAGCAUAACAACAACAACAGCGGAUCGCGGUGAUAGCUGUAUCAUGGACAACAAUACGACAACAACAAUGAGUAAAACAGAAUCGGUAAUCGGCUUCGAGCCAAUCGAAAUACAUGCAACGGAGAAUAUGCGCGCCAAUCACAAUCAUCACCAGCUGACGCAUCAGCAGGCGCACCAACAACAGCUACAACAUCAUCACGCGCACAUGGCAGGCGCGGCGGGCGGUGGCAGCGGCAGUGCUACACCAAACUCCAUGAUGGCGCCGAACCGCCAGCAAUUGAUGGCGGUUGCCGACGGCUCUUGCAGCGUGGUCGGCAUACCAACCUCAAUGGCAUCGGGUGUCGGUGGCUCGACGCAUCCGAGUACCAUACCCGAAGAGUUCCCGCUGAAUGUGGGCGUCUUUCCGCCACCGCCGGAGUUUUGCUCCAACAUUGUGCCCAAUCCCGCGUAUGGUAAUAUCUUUAUCAGCGUCUCGGUGACGCAGGAUAUGCUGGACGGCGCGGAUAUCAGCAUGUAUCCCGACCUCUUGAAUAUACCGAAGCGUCAACUGAAUGCCGAUGGCGGCAGUGUGCAGACCGGCGUCAGUGUGACCAGCGGUCCGGUUGGUGGUAAUACAAAUGCAACAACUACCACUAUGUUGCCUUCGGGUACAACAACGGCCGUGAAUGUUUCGUCGUUUGCGACGCUGCCGCGCAAUCAUCAACGCCGCGGCAUACUCAAGAAGGACUCAUCGCUGCAGCAUCAACAUUCACUGCAACAACAACAGCAACAAACGAAUUUGUAUCCACACGACGAAAUCGUCUCGUAUCACAAUCUGGACACCACCUACAGUCAGGGCUAUCAGGAGCAUCAGCAGCAACAGCAACAACAACAGCAGCAACGCCAAGCAUAUGCCGCCAAUAUAGUUGGCCUGCCGCCGCCACCACCACCACCUGCCACAGCGAACUUGUCAACACAGUGCCACCACAACCAGGCGGCGGCGGCUGCGGCGGUGGCGGCUGCCAUCAACACCAAAGCCUGCGCGGCCUGCAUAGGCACGCUCUCACCACCACCGCCUUCCUGCAGCACACCGCCCACCACCAUGGAUGCCACACCGCUGCGACCGCUUUGCAAAGGCGGCGCCGGUGGUACAGCAGCGUCCGGCAAUGCGGGCCUAAAGUACGACAACAUGGGCCGACGCAUAACGGCGAGCGGCAAUUCGACGCUCUCGCUGCCAGAUGAGGCGGACGAGGAAUGCUUGGAGGAUGAGACACGUUUCAUAGAGGAGGCGUGCAGUAUAAAGCAGGGACAACAACAACAAGACUGUCAACAACAAAAAACCACAGCGGCGAAUGCGACCACAGCGAGCGGUAAUUCGAAGUUGGUGGAUGCGGGCGGCGGUGCGGAGUAUGUGUCGCUGUAGUAUUACGGCACGCAGGUGUAAAUUAGUAGGCGUUGUAACAUACACAGUCAUACAUGGAUACAUCUUUACGGUUAGCGAGAACAAGAGAGUGCUAGUAAGUACGUUUGCAUAGUCUAGUUAUUAGUAAGCAACAAAUUCAUCUAAUAAUAUCUAACACAUAAGCAGUUGUAAGUUAUUAUCGGGUCUCAUAUGCUAGUAACUAGUUCUCAUUUUUCAACUUCAUCUUCGUAAAGUAGGGCAUACAUAAAACAUAACUGUUAUAGUAUUUAGUAUAACAAACAGCUUAAAAGAACAGUUGCAAUUCAGUUAGAGGUAGAAAAGUAAUUUGAAAUAUUUUUAAUAACAGCUUAGAACAUAUACUGCUGACAAAUGUGAGAUUUCAGUUUUUGUUCUCUAAGGUAAUCUAAUUAUGUUCGUUAUACACUCAUAACUCAAUGCUGGUUUUUUCAUCCAUAAGUAGUCCGAUGAGGUCUGGUUAGCCCAAACUUCCUUUUAUUGCUUAUCUAAGUAAGUUAGGUAAGGCGAGAAGGUUGAUCCUAACAGCGAUCUCACUUGAACAGCUUAGAACGCCAAUCCAUUGUGUUAUCUAAUACUUCUAUGUAAUUGAUAAUAAGACCGUCAUUAGUCGACAAAGCGCUUUGAGUCUUUCAAAAAUUUAUUAAGGUAUCUAAUAUAAAUUUUGGUUUAUCUCCUGAUUCACCAAAUGAAAGGCCACCGCGAUGUCAACUUCAGUCUUUCAAAGGCUGGACACUAAAGAUAAAAUUGAUAAAAUGCCUGUAUGUUUUCACCACACCUUCUUCCCUACAAGUUUGAUAAAUGGCGUGUGACCAGAUUUUUAUGAACGCCUAUUGGACAAGUUCCACUAAAAACUAUUAUGUUUACGGCAAGUGAAACCUUGCUAAGGCAGAUAAUUCAGUAAAUAUCCUGCGAUGUGCUUUAAGCGAAAAGAAUAUCACAGUCUCACAAAAACAAUUAAUGCUAAACACACGCAAGAUCCAUGGGUCCAGUGCUAGAACGCUAGAUGGCAAACGAAUUUCUUUAAAAACUCGUUUCCAAUCCGAUAUGAGCAGAGUGUGGGUAGUCUAAGAUUCCUUGAAAGUUGAUUUUAUUAUUAAAAAAAAACAUUACAAUGCGGUCUGUCCGACAAAAAUAUCAUUGCUUUGAUCUAAAGAAAUUACGUAUUAUUACGAUAAUAUUUCAAUCGAAUGACUUCUUUAGUACUAACUGUUUUCAUAUAAACACUAGUUCAACAUUUUCUGAGCAAUAUCUCUCUGAUGAUUUAUGUUAGUAAUCCUGGGCAAGACGUAGGGUUUUUUUAGAAUUUUUAGAGACCUUUGUAUUUGCCUUGUUCGAGAUAUGAAGUGGUUUGACUUGACUUCAGGAAACUGCUCUACAAAAGUCAGGUUUAUAAAAACUUUUAAAAGAAUUGUAUUCAGUAGUUUAGAACCUGCAACUGCAAAUAUAUCAGCGACAAUAUCAAUUUGAAAGCAGAAGCCCUUUCCAAUUUUCCUGUGUGUUUAAUUUUAAUUACAAAUAACAAAAUAAUGUUAACUUCUACUGCACCAAAGCUGUUAUACUCUUCCCGACCAAUUGUUUGCAUGCAACAGAAAAAAAAAUUUUCCUAGUUAUUUUUAGUCAUUUUGUUUGAUACAAGUAAUAUUCUAGGCAUACAAAUAUUAAAGUUAACGAAGUUCAAGUCGAAUUAAGCUUACUUAAUAAGGAAAGGUGAUCUUUAUCUUGACUUUGAUGUUCAGAGAUUUGGGCAUUGCCUGAGACAAUAAUCUAUGCCAAAUUUGAUGAAGAUAAUUUGUUCGCAUAUUCGGGUAGAUAGACCAACGUGGUCUUCAGGCUGAUCAUUUAUAUAUAUACUUUAUAGGUUCUUCGAUCAUUCCCAUUAGAUAUCAUAAACUUUGAGAGAGCUUAGUUAUCAUUGUUGUUCGACAUUAUAAAAUAUAGCUUCUACUCUAUCAGUCCUGUCGUUAGACUUGUUAACUGUGCCCUUGUGAAAAAAUGUAUAUAACAUAACCAAUUGUCAGGGCAAAAUUAAGGUCACUGAUUUCUCGUUUAUCAAUCAACCAAUUGUCUGCCACAAUUGCUUCUAACCGUAUUUCUUUUACAAUAAAAUAUUCUAAGUGCGGCUAAUACAUUUCAAUUUACCAGUAGCUCGCUCGUUUCGUCACUCUCUAACUGUUAUUAUUACAGUUGUCAUAGUACUUAUUUAAUUUGCAUACAGUUGAACUUGCAUAACUCGAACUUCUCUAACUCAAAGUUUUCCAUAACCAGAACUCUUGAAUUUUCAAUAGAAGUCAAAUUUUAACAAAUUUCCUUCCAUAACUCGAAAUCUCUCUAGCUCGAAGUUUUUUUGUGGAUUAUGGCGAUUCAAGUUACUAAGUUCAAGUGUAAUAAUAUGUUAUUACUAAAUAAUUAAUUUAACACUUCAAUUAUUAAUAUAAUUUAUAAUUUUAAGAUAUAUGUACAUAUAUGUACUAGUAUAUUUGUUUAACUAUAUUAUUGUUUUUUAUUUAAAACAGCAAGGCUGGUUUAAUCGAAACUUAUUAUAGACAAUACUUGACGUACAUGCAUUGUUAGAUGGUUCAGUCCCAAUAGCCAAAGUAAUAACUUCGAUAAGAAUUAUUUUAUUUUAUAAGACAAAGCAAUCAUUUUUUUUUUAAAUAGCUGGAGUAAAAUAAAACAGAGAUGAUUGAACUAGGUAUUUAUAUAUUUUAGCACCAAUAAUUCUAAAAUAUAUUUUUGCAUAGUUGAGCUCGCUGGAAAUGUUUACGCAUUUACUCUUAAUACUGCUCUUUGAUAUGGCUUAAACGAUAUUCUAACAAUGCUGUUGCUGUAAUUCCAAUGUUUUCAUUCAAAAUAAUCCCUACCACUGAAAGGUAGUUGUAAAACAAAACCCUUAUUUUCAUAUUGUGCUUUGUUUCAAAAAUGGUUCUUGUCAUUUCAUAUAUUAUGCCGUAGAUAAUGAUGACGACUUCUUUUUCGUUAACAUGAACAAAACCAUAACCAAAUAGAUAACGUUAGCGCCUACCGGAAGCUUAUACAUUUUAUUCAAUACGUAAUCUGAUGCAUGGUUGAACAUUUAACGAUUUUAAAGAAAACUUUAUUGGUUUCUCUUAAUAAUAAUGCCAUCACCAACAGCUCCUUUCACUAAAUUGAUUGUUUUGCUGGCUGUUGCAUGCCACACAGCUGAGUCUUGUUGAAACCUCCAAUUCAGGUACGAAAAAGUCAUUCAACAUCCACAUUAACUGUAACAUUAUGGCUGGCUGCUGGCUGCCGGCUUCAUUUUUAAAGAAAUAUGAACCUUUGUUUACCUCUACCCAUAGAGAAAACCAAACAGACUACUUUUUGAGAAUGUAUCGUCGUCUCAACAAUGUCUUGUGGCUUAUCAUCACACUAAAUGUGAAAAUUUUGUUUAUUAACGUACACAUUUAACCAAAAUUUAGAUUCAUGGCUAAACCAAUUUUGCUUGUGAAAAUCGGCAUCGGUGUUCAUCUCGUUUUAGGCCCAUUCACAGAACGUCCGACUCGCUUAAUGAUUGCUAGACUUCAAUUCGUGCACGAGUUGGAUUUUAUAAGUCCACAAACCAAGCACAAGCAAUUGUUGCUCACAAUGAAAGUUGGACUCCUUCGAAUCUGCAACACAGCGCACUGUAUGGCAUCUCCGAGAAUGUGUAUUAUCCACUAAAGCAAGAAUGUUGCGAAACCGAUUCAUAGUGCUUGAAUUACAGACUCUGCUGUGCGAUUAUAUCGACCGAAUAUUAAAUGGAGCGCGUCUGUUCGUUAUAUUUAUAAUAAACCUAGCCCAUUAUAAAUCGAAAAACAGUUGAUCAAAGAAAAAAUCCGAAAACAAUAUUGUCGUAUUGAAAACCACACGUCUAAAACAAUCGUUGUUUUGUAUUUGGUGUCAAUAUUGAUAUGAAUUCGGUUGACAAAAAUUUGUAAUCAAAAAGCGGUCCACUUUUCAUAGCUUGUCGAUAUAGAGUAUUUGCAAAGCCUUUUUUAGUACGCUAGUUUAGCACCAAAAUUUUUGCUUCCAUUGUUCUUUAAGUCUUCUUCAACUUACAUUAAAUCACCAUUCACUCUUACUGAUUGUAGUAUAAGCCAAUAAGUUGUAAAAAUAUUGAGUUUAUUUUUCAUAUCCACCACAUUUCAACAAAGUUGAAAUCGAAAUCGAUAUUUUUUAUAGUUAAAUAGUCUAUGAGCUUAAACUUUGAGAAUUAGAGCUUAGCGAUAAAUUUAUAAUAAAUUUUGUAUCGUUUUCCGCUUUAAUAGGCUUUUAGACUUUAAAUAAAAUAUUGUAAAAAUUUGCCAAAUUAAGCAUUGAACUAUAAUUUAAAUGUGUUUAGCUUUAGUUGAAAUAUGUUCAAUUAGUAUAAUGCGCUGCUGCAUUGCGAAAGAUAACAUUUAAGCAAGUAAAAAAUGGCUUAUGUAAUAAAAUAUUUAUUUAGAGAAAAAAAGACACAUCAUAGCGAACAACAACAAAUCAAAAAUACUAAUUGAGUAUGUAUUACAUAAUAAACACACACAUACGCAAGAAUAUCUAUAGUUUGGAAUCGAUAAUAAGCAAAUAACUAUGUAUGUAUGUAAAUCGGCUUAUCUUUAAUUAAUAAUUAACUUUUAUUGAGGCAGAUAUUUAUAUGAAUAUUAUAUACAUACAUAUAUGUAUAUAUAUACAUACUUAGCUAUAUGUGUAUGUGCAACUGGCAUUGUAAAUAUUGACGUAGCGAAAAACCAAAAUGUAAAUUAUUAAAUAGAUUAGAGAUUUUUUAAACUUUUAAAGCUAAAUUGCAUUAAACAAACAUAAUUCAGCUGUCACGGAUUAAAGCGAGCACAGUGGCAAAAAAUCGAGGGAAAAGUUUGCAGGCAAAAAAUGAAUUUAAAUGUAAAUUUAUAGAAGAAAAAUGCAGCAAAAAUGCAAAUACAUAGAAAAAAAUAACGGUAAACAUUUUAAUACAAAUUCACACCAACAAAAACAAAAGAAAAAAAUGCAUUUGUGUAAACAAGUUGUAGGGGUCAUGACACCAAUGCAUAAAACGAGCACUUGCAUGCAAUAUUAUCGCAAAAACAAAAAAAGCAUUAAUUUCCUGGAAUUUUUUUAUUUCCAUGCCGAGAGCAAUGCAUAAGUCCCUUAGCCAGCAAAUUUGUGUAAAUGAACACCGGCGAUAUUUAUUUGUUGUGAUUAGCAAACAGCAGCUGAAGCCAAAAGCAUUUUAUAAAAGCCAAAUAAACAACAACAAACCCACAUAUACAUACAGCAGCGGAAAUAUUUGUCAAAAUGUAUAUAGAAAACACAUUUUCGAAAAAAAUCAAUAGAAGCUGACAAACGAAGGCAAACAACAACACUUGUAAAAACUGUAAACUUUGAAAGAAAAUUUAAACGCCAGCAAUUAUGAGCAUGAAUGAGGUCUAGACAUUAAUUAAAAUUAUUAAGUAGCAUGUAAGCGUAAGGUAUAUAAGGUAAAUGGAAAAAAAUAAAUAUUAUAAAAAUAAAAAAUAAGAUUUAAAAAAUAAUUAAAUUUAAAAAAUAAAAAAAAUUAAAAAAGUAUAAUUUACAAAAUAAAAAAUUAAUAAGAAUUAUUUACAAAAUAAAAAAUUUUAAAAUUAAAAAAAAAGAUUAUUUAAAAAAUAAAAAAUUUAAGAAUUAUGAUUUAAAUAUAAAAAAAUUUUAAAAAAUAUUAUUUACAAAAUAAAAAUUUUAAAAAUUAUAAUUUCACAUGUAAAAGGAAUGAAAAUUUAAAAAUUAAAAAAAUAAAAAUAUACUAGCAAAUUUAAUAACAAAAAAACUCAAAAACUACGCAGAGGCAUUAGACAUUUAAUAAUUUGAAAAUUCUCAGUUUUUGGCUAACAAAAUUCAGCCCGAAGUGACCAAAUAACAGUAAAUAGCUGCUAAUAAAAUUACAAUUAUACUAAUUAAUAAAGAAAAAAAUAAAAAACUUUAAAAUGUAAAACAAAA